AUGGGUUUCAGAGCAGAAUACGGCAUCAAGAAGUUGACUUUUUUCUUUGCUGCCGCCUUUACGUUGCUCGUUGUAUGCCAUUUCGCGUUUCGGUUGACACCAAAUGAUCCGGAAAUUCCUGUUGUCUGGGAAGAAUACAGAAAGAAUGAUGCAAAAAAUUACCCGGGUCAUAAUCCUGGAAACGGUUCUUCUCUUAAAGAAGAAACCACUUCUCUCGCGAUCGAAGUUUCGUCGAAUUCUCAGGAGAAGGGUACAAGACACGAAGUAUCUUUCGAAUCGCCGUCGUUCAACGACCUGAACAUCAUGUUUGGUAAUGUGUCGUUUAUAAAAGGCAGCCGGGAGUCUUCAACGGCGAUAAUCAUUCCGUACCGAAACAGGGAAAAUCACCUUCGCACCUUUUUGUUCAACUUAGUGCCGUUUCUUGAAAAGCAGAAUUGUUCAUACGCAUUUUACGUUGUGGAACAGGUAAUUGUUUUUUGCAAGUGUGCUGCGAUGCGACACUAUCGAUUUCCUUUUCCGGUGCCCAAGCAAAUUUUCAACAAAGGCAAGUUGAUGAACGUCGGCUAUCUGUUUGCAAAAGCGUUACGCCAUCAUUCAUGCUACAUCUUCCACGACGUCGACUUGCUUCCAGAAGACAUAAGGAAUGUUUACGCUUGUGACCAAAACCCAAGACAUCUUGCCGUUGCGGUUGACACCUUAAAUUACAGACUCAUAUACAACCAGCUUAUGGGAGGAGUAACGGUAUUCACGGACACUCAGUUCCAAGCGGUCAAUGGUUUCGCCAACUAUUACUGGGGAUGGGGCGCAGAAGACGAAGACAUAUACUACAGAGUCCUUUACGCCAACUAUACGGUACAGAGGGAUCCGGAAAAGAUUAGUCGGUACAAGAUGAUUCGACACCAUUCGCAUCCUUUGUUCAAGGCAAACCCAUGUCGACUUCGUUUGCUAUCGCAGGUGCAAAAACUCUGGAAAUUGGACGGACUGAACAACCUUGUCUACAAACUUAUUGAAAUCGAGGAAACCAGGUUUUAUACAAAACUGAUGGUAGACGCUUUACCGGACUUGUCGUUUGAACGUGGAUGUUAA